AUGAGAGAUGAUAAUGAAGGAAGACAAUCUGGUGGUGGAUAUGAUAUUGAUGGUGGAAGAUAUGGUGGUUAUGGAGUGGUAGGAUGGUAUACAAUGGUGAUUAACAAUUGGGGAUUUGAUUUUGGUGUUACUCCCCCACCGUCUCCGAUCUCUCUGUCGGAAACUUGCUCUCUCUCUAUUAUGGCAGAUAAAGAGGAAGGGGAGGAAACAGCCCCACGAGGAGCUGAUUGGGAAGUCGUAUCACUAACAGCAUCAACAUAUGCAGCUGCUCCAAGCCCUGAUGUGAAAGUCAAAGACCCUAAAGAUGAUGAAAAGAGUGAAGUAGUUGACACAGAUAAAAGUGGAACUUCAGAUGCAUUGUUCAUGUCUGGUCAUUUUGUCUUCCCACCAAGUCAGCAUGAGAAUCUACCACUGGAACCUGAAAAAACAGAGAUCGGUGAUGAUGAUGAUGAUGGUGAUGGUGAUGUUUCAGAAUCUAUUAAAGAAGAAGGGGAGAAAUCAUCUGCUAAAGAUGAAGACAACUGGAACAUAAGUAAAUUAACAGAGUCUUAUGGGAAAAGAUCAGAUUUUGAAGAUGCCACAACCUUGCCUGGUUUAGAAAAAGAGCAGAAUGUUUUGAAUGUUCCUAAACGAAUGGAAGAUGAUGAUGGAUCUGGGGCUCCAUAUGCAACAUGGUGGAAGAAACAAGCGGUUUCUUUGUACUCUCAUGCAAAAGAGGCGAAUACUUUUUGGUCCAUUUUUAUUUCUGCUGCAGUUAUGGGGCUUGUGAUUAUUGGUCAUCAAUGGCAACAAGAAAGAUGGCAAGUUUUGCAUCAUAAGUGGCAUUCUGGGGUGUAUGAUGAGAAAUUUGGGAGGAUGUUGGGGCCUUUAUCCCGUAUUAAAGAAUCAAUAGUAGGUGGCAACAGGAGAGGAUUCUCGAUUAGAGGUAGCACCACAAGAGACCACUAAAAGCUAUAGUUAAAAAACUGGAGGUGAAUGAUGAUGACGAAAAAAUGGAAUGGAAGCAAAUUUGGUUUGGGUCUUAUAAUCUCUAUAAGAAAAUCUGAAGAAACCAAAACAAGCGACAGUUGUUUGUUUAUGUCAUAUUUAAUAUUUAAUUUUUUUUUUUUUUUUAUGUUUUUGGUGGGAAUCUUGUUAAUGAUGUGUAAAGAUAUGAUGAUAACAUUAUAAAUUUAUAAUCUUCGUGGUUUGGU